GUGUCGACUUGCAUAGAACACGUCGCUAACUAAUUCUCAAUUCUCAAUGUCUAAAAGUUGGCAAUGAACCUGUCACAAUGUUUCCCAUUUGAUCUUUCCUCUACAUUUAAUAGUACUUAAUAUUGGCCAUUCAAGACUCUUGCGAAGUUAGUUACGUCCCUUUCAAUCCACCAUGGCUCCAGCUCAACGGAAGAACGCGCAAUCUACGCCGGCGGAGAUAUCCCUGGUCCAUCUCAAGAAUUGUCUUGUGAAUCUUCCGACGUCCCUGGUCAAUCUUCUUGUAAACAUUAAUGCUCCGGCCCAAAAUGUCAUCGUCGAGCUCAAUUACCGUGUUCCCUUGCCCGCCAAUGGCUCCCCUCAGACCAAUGGCUCACCCUCCUCACAACGGUCGAUAUAUGUUGGGUGGACGGGGAUGCCUAGCAAGCGGAAGAUGGCCCCUAUAGUUGAUCGUGAUGGUAUUAGUGGUACACGCGGUAGUGGCAGAGACCAAGAGGUUGCCUCUGUUGAGAUCGACGCCACCUUAGCCGCGACUCUUGGCCUAACAGAUGGACAAAAAGUCACAACCAUAAUACACGUUGACCCCCCACUAGCUCACGUAGUUAAUAUCGAACCUCUGACACCUGAAGAUUGGGAGAUGAUUGAGCUCCACGCGACCUUCCUGGAAUUAAACCUUCUGUCACAAAUCCGCGCCCUGCCGAAUCCCCUAUACACCGCCGUCUCUGGUCAGCCUCCGAUUCCGCAUCCGUUGACCCUCCAUCUCUCACCCACGUCCACGGCAAAUAUCAAAAUUUUGUCACUCGAUCCGCCCCCUGCGGCAGAUGUGCCAUUUGUGAAGAUUGCCCCUGACGCCGAGGUCAUUGUCGCACCUAAGACCCGAUCCAAGCCAACCAAAAGCACUCGCGAAGACCGUAGUGUGGGUGGGACGUCUAGGAGAAGUGGGAAGAGCUCAGCAAGUACGGUGCGUAAGAAGGGCGCAAAGGAAGAAAAGAAGCCAGCACUAUUUUUAAGGGGGGUGGAUCGUCAAUUCUGCAAUGAAUGGUUUGACGAAGGAUCAGUACCGCAGGAUUUAAGUGUAUGGGUUGAUAGAGACCUUCUAUCGUCGAAAGAUUUCCGAGGAGUCAACUGGGUUGCUAUUAAUAUCGUCAAGCCAGCCGGACUUCAACCCCCGAUCGAUCCUCAGAAACAGCAAGAAAAUGCGGCAAGCGGUGAAACUGUGAAGGCAACUGAGAAAGUCGUUGCUCAACUACGUCCGUGGGAUGACCCUCCAACAACACAAACUGCUUCUCUCUCUAGCCCCUUAUGCGCGGUACUCGGUUGUUCGGGGAUUGUUGGGGGAAUAAUAAAAAUCGAACCAGCUCCUACACCAUUAUCACGUAGUGUGGUAAAAAGUUUGAAGGUGUCUCCGUUCCAAGCCGACAGUUGGAAAUCCUUGGACGGCUUGAAAUUUGGAGGAGAGUCGAAAGCUGAAAAGGAAGAAACAGCUAAAAGAAUAUCACAUAUAUAUGGCCAAAAAGGCAAAGACAAUGGUCUCCUGCGCGGACCAUUGACCGAUGGAAUGAUACUUCCAGUAUACGACAACCUCGAAUUAUCCCAAGGUUGGGAGGGCGGUCUCAUAAAACUCGAGGCCUCUAAUUUAGAUUCCAAGGAACAGUUGAAUUGGUAUCUCGGAUCCGAAAAACCCAUAUCAAUCGAAAUUCAACCAUCAGCUGCUCGCCCAACGUGGCUGACGGAAAAUGAUAUAGGCGAAUCUUUGCCCCCGAGCGACUCUGUCCUUGUUGGGAUUGAUUCUCUUCUAACAGAUCUAAAGUCACAUCUUUCGCACAUGUCAUCCGUCCUAUUAACCGGUGGUCUAGGGGCCGGUAAGACAGCCGUCGUGCAGUCGUUGGCUCAGACUCUACGAGAAGAAUUCCUAUUUCAUACGACCUAUUUCCCAUGCCGAAAACUAGUCAACGAUGAGAGCAGAAUUUCUACUAUCAAGGAGACAUUAAAUAGGGUUUUCAUGAGCGCGAGUUGGGGCGCAAGGCUUGGUGGAAGAGCGCUUGUUAUACUUGAUGAUUUGGAUAAAUUGUGUCCUGUCGAAACCGAGUUACAAGUAGGGAACGAUAAUAGCCGGAGCCGUCAAGUGAGUGAGACUAUUAGCUCAAUUGUGCAUCAGUACUGUGAGCGCGAUAAGGGUGUCGUUCUCCUUGCGACCGCUCAAGGCAAAGAGUCGCUGAAUAACGUGAUUAUCGGAGGUCACGUCGUUCGGGAAAUCGUUGACUUAAAGGCUCCAGAUAAAGAAGCACGGAGAAGAGUCUUAGAAACUAUUGUCAAACAACAGACUGUGUCCCCAGAAACCUGGCAAGCACCUAUCACUUUUAAUAGUCGUCCUACUACGGCAAACGGGAGUGUGGAUGGUGACGAUGCUGGCGCGUGGAUGGACGGAGCAGAUCAACGCAGCCGUGCCAAUUCCGUUUCUACGAAUGUAAAGCCGGAUGGUUUCCUUCUGGAUCCUGAGCUUGACUUUCUCGACCUUGCCGGUGAGACUGACGGCUACAUGCCUGGCGACCUUUUACUUCUUGUGUCCCGAGCUCGUAAUGAAGCUCUCAUCCGAUCUGUUUCCGAGAUACCCUCCAAGGACUCUCUAGAUAUUAUCCAGCUUGGUCGUGCGGAUUUCGAUAGCGCCCUCAAAGGGUUUACACCAGCAUCCCUCCGGAAUGUUUCGUUACAGACAUCUACCACUACAUUUGACUCUAUUGGAGGUCUCAGGGAAACGCGGAAAAUUUUACUCGAGACGUUACAAUACCCCACAAAAUAUGCCCCGAUAUUUGCGCAAUGUCCUUUGAGAUUACGUUCAGGUCUUCUCCUAUACGGAUUCCCUGGCUGUGGCAAGACUCUUCUGGCAAGUGCAGUGGCUGGCGAGUGUGGUCUCAACUUUAUCUCGGUGAAAGGGCCCGAAAUAUUGAAUAAGUACAUCGGAGCUAGCGAAAAGAGUGUUCGGGAUCUGUUUGAGCGCGCCUCGGCUGCCAAACCUUGUGUAUUGUUCUUCGACGAAUUUGACUCAAUCGCACCAAAACGAGGGCACGACUCGACAGGCGUUACGGACCGUGUAGUCAAUCAGCUUUUGACACAAAUGGACGGUGCCGAGGGUCUCUCCGGGGUUUACGUUUUGGCUGCAACAUCUCGCCCGGAUCUAAUCGAUCCCGCCUUACUCCGUCCGGGGCGUUUGGAUAAAAGUUUACUAUGCGGUUUCCCAGAUGUCGAAGACCGCAUUGACAUCUUACAAGCUCUGAGCAAGAAAGUGAAAAUGAGCGAAGAGUUACUAUUAUCGCAGGAAGGUCUUCUCGAACUCGCGAAGCGUACUGAAGGCUAUUCUGGUGCUGAUCUUCAGGCGCUUAUGUCAAACGCACAAUUAGAGGCCAUUCAUGACGUGCUCAAUGACAUCGAAAUGCAGCCAUCAGGCGAUAAACGUGGUAAUAAUAAUACCCGAGCCAAGGCGGAUGUAGCCUUGCGGAGUCGGAAUUUCGUGCAGUUUCGCUACGGUGCAGAAGCCGCUUUAGCUGAUGCGGAGGUACGAGCAAAGAAGGGAUACAAUAAAUCGACCCAACUUGCCGAGAACGCUGUUAUUGCAGCUAAACUGGCAGAAAUCAAGACCGCAAGGAAACAAACAAAACUAGGACACAAAGGAGCAAAUCACGCCUCGGGCGAUAAUAACGAAAAGGGGAAAGAGGCAAGCAAUACAGAAGUCCUAAUUGGCUGGAAGCAUAUGGUCAAGGCAUUGGAGGCUACCAGGGCCAGUAUCAGUCCUCAAGAAAGAAACCGACUCGAGCGUAUUUAUAGAGAGUUCGUGGUCGGACGAAGCGGAGAUAUGCACGACGGACAGGGUAGCAUGGAAAUCGGCGGUCGGAGCAGUUUAAUGUAGAUAUAUUUGAACGAAGAGGUGUAGUAUGAGGAAAUCUUCAAUCUACCACCUACAUGUUACUUACGUAAUCAAUGUAUCUAAUGAAUAGUUAUUACG